AUGGCAAUGUUGAUGGAGCAGGAGAACACAGCUGAAGUUACUCAGGACGCAGUUCUCUUCGACAGGCAGGAUUCAACUACAGCGCCGCCAUUGUCAGUAUUAUCAUACGGCCAGGAGCAGAUAUGUGGCUCCAGCACACCGCCGCAAAUACCAUCAAUGCCAUCAGUACGAUCGUUACACCACUCAUCGACUCUCCGUAACAAUGUUGCAAUGCUAAAUGACAGUAGAAUGAUAGCAUUUCAAAGCAAAUUAAGUUUUCGUCUUGGAGGGUGUCAAAUUGCGGUAGGGUUAGUCAGUAUUAUAAUAGGUUGCUGGGCUAUUAUGCUUCAGAGCUAUGGAAGUGAAAUCGGAAUUGCAAUAUGGACUGGUGUCAUUGUAAAAUUCGCCAUGGUGUGGGGUUUUAUUUCAGUAGGUGUAUCUAUUCUGCCGAUAACGAUGGGAGCUGUCGGAAUAUCUCAAGAAGGAUACCUACACCCAGAUUACUGUCUCGAGUACCCGGAUGCUGACUAUCCUUGUUCUUCUAUUACAUCCCGCAUGGUAGUGGACGUUUUGAUAAUGGCCGUUGGCGUUAUCCAAAUAGGGUUAGCCAUGCCUACCACGGCUAUACAGUGUUUUGUUGUGUGUACGUGUUGUAAGCCUUCAUACAUAGAACUGAACACACCUACGGACUCAGAGGCAGUGCUCGCCACAGUAAGUGGAGAUGUACACGAUCGUGAUCAGCCUGUUUUUGACCAAAACCGGCCGCCAAUGUUAGUAUUGCCACCAAGUUACAUAUCGCUGGUUUCCAAUAGCGACGAUAGGCUGAUAUUGCUUCCAGCAGUUUUGUCAUGUAUACGUGAUACGGACGAAGGUGGUAGCAGGGGGUCACGCAGGGUGGACAGACAGAGGCUUUCCACGAUUUCUCAAUUGACUCCCGGGGAGUUAUCCCAAACGUCGCAUGAGGGCGCUUCACAAACUACUGAAUCGCGUCUUCCACAUGGCCUCGAAAGAAUAUUGCAACGAGUGCAGCAACGGGACUGUAUCGAAGAUAGUGUGAAUAACAACAAUGGCGAGAUAAGUUUGGCUGCAAGCCGUGCGAUUGAUGUUGACUCAUGCCCUGAAGUAACGUCUCGUGGACAAUUUACUAGUCCGUCAUUGGACGGCCACAUAGACGGCCAUGAUGCGGAGGUAAUCGUCAUCAAUGCCCAAGUUCCCUCUAUAAGAAAAGAGACAAGCUUCACGAUACUACGUACGCCGUCUCCGGGCAUACCACCCCCGUCAUAUGAAGACAAUCGCGACAACAACGCAGUUGGAAUACAGUUGAACGAACACACGUCACCGUCUGUGCCUACGUCGUGUUACGAGACACCGGAAGCUGUGAGCAACGACACAAACGAUCGGAAUAAUCGAUCGCUUACACCGCCACCUUCGUACGAGGACGCUAUGGCGGGGAAUAGAGACACGGAAUAUGUGCCGACUUUGAAUACGAGGCUGUCAGCUUCUUUAUUGGACGAGCAGGAACUUGAGUAA